AUGCAUACCCUCUCCAUCUUUCUCUCUCUCUCUCUCUCUCUCUCUCUCUCUCUCUCUCUCUCUCUCUCUCAUUCAUAUUUUGUGACUAAACUUGCCCACCAUGAUCGAUCGGGGAUCCGGCCGGGCCCUGGGAGACCAUCAUGGUCCACGUCAGGUUUCCUCGACGACGGUCCGCACUCCGUACCCUUCAUUCCUCCUCCAUUCGCGGGCACUCUGGGGUUGGCGCAGGCCGUGCACCUUACUCACCACAUACUGCAUCUGAGAGUGCCUGCACCCAAAGAAACGAAAAUCGACAACCACACUCAGAGCAGGCAGACCCGAGUGAACACACAGGGUCAGCGUUUGGGUGUUUGGAAGGGGGGGGGGAGUAAAGGGACCCUUCAAAGGCAACGGCUGGGGCUAUCAUCUGAACGGGGGGGACGGCCAUUAGAUUGGGGCCUUGCGCGCGACGACGCUUUUACUACGAAACCUUGUGCCAAAAUAAGGUGCUUCACUCUCUCUCAAUGCGGCGAGAUGAGCACAAGCAAAAGUGUCACACAAAAGUAUGAGAGAUUGCGCAUCUCACCACACUGCAUCAGUUGA